AUGACUAAAAACGAUACCGAACCUUCUCUUCAGAUCGAAAAUCCAGCCCCUGUAAUUCUGUCCUCGCCGGCAGAUGGUAAGCAGUUUCCCUUAGGGGAUGACUUCCCUAACUUUGGGACUGCCGGAUAUAAUAACAGAAAUGAUUCUGGAAUUGCCUACGCUGCAGCCCACGCCCUGGGCACACAUUAUAUAACACCUGCAGCAGAUGAUAUCAUGGAUCAACCAAUCUCCACCAAUGCACCACCCGCUAUGUUUGAGAGGAAGAAUGACCACCCAGUGGAUCGCCUCGGUGUGAUCAAUAUGGAUGGUGUACCAGUUGGAACCAAUAAAUUCUGGGCAAACCUGAUCUUGGGUAAUGGGAACCUUGGAGUUUUCACCCAACCUUAUCAAGUAUGGAUAAAUAAAGAUCCAGCUAUGUGGGGACUCUCUAUCAGCCAUAUCGAUGCACCCCAAAUAGUUACUGGGCCAGAUCCCAACGCCAACCCCGUCCAGUACUAUUUUAACCCGGUUGGCGUAAACUCUCUCACAUUCUCGGCUCUUGAACUCAGCCCAAUGACAAGCACAGUUACUGUGGAAGCUCUUAAACCCCAGUCUGCUUUGGUCCAAAUUUGGGUUGAUCGAUCUCGAUGGCCUGCAACCCGACGUCUCACGGUGCCUCUAGUUCAAGGCAUGGGCUUCGUCACAGGCCGAUAUCGGGAGAUCACUCCCAAGAUUAAUUCAGGCGUCCUCAUCCGCAAUCUCUCUUACGUAGGGACGAUUACUGGAGGUGGGACGCCGCGCCAAAAAUGGCGUGUCACAUUGAUGGAUGGGAAAGAAUGGAGAAUAUACGCAACUGCCAAUGCAGGUUCCCGAGAGCUUCAGCUUCGUCUAGUCAAUUCAAGCACUAUCGUUGCAUCUGGAACAUACUCCGGCGCUGUACAGAUUGCCAAGUUGCCCAAUACCGCGCUCGAAAAGGUACUUGACAAUUGUGCAGGGACUGUCGUCACCGAUGCUGUCGUUUCUGCUAGCGUAUCUGCCGCUGUUGGAACCUAUACCUUCACUUUCGUUAAACAGGGCGGGAGUGUUUCUAACGCGGCCUUCAUGUAUGCUUUCCCGCAUCAAGUAAGUUCGUUCGAUGGCGUAACAAGAUCAAAGCUCCAAGCAGGUCUUCAGCUCAAAUCUACCACAAAAGGGCUCAUGACCGCAAUUGCCAGCAAUUCGUGGACACUUUUGGAACCGAACAUGCCGGUUAGUGUUGGCUGGCUUCCGGGAUCAUUUAGAAAAUGGAAUGCGAGGCAGUUGGCUGUAAUCAGGGCCGCAACUGUUUCAGAGAUUGGAUUCGAUGUUAUUAAUGGCUCAAACCUGCCAAGUCAAUACUUCUCUGGAAAGGCUCUUGCCAAAUAUGCGCAAAUCUUACUUGUGGCCAGUGAUGUGCUGAAGGAUAAAGCUCUCGUGGAACGGGGCCUUCUUAACCUCAGGACUGCCAUAAACCGAUUUGCUACGAACAAACAGAAAUUCCCUCUUGUCUAUGACUCUAAAUGGGGAGGACUUCCAUCGUCAUCUUGGUGGGUUACAAGGAACCCUGAUGAGGAUUUCGGAAACGCCUGGUACAAUGACCAUCAUUUUCACUAUGGAUAUUUCAUCUAUGCCGCUGCCGUCCUAGUUCACGUUGAAAGGACUCAUACAGGGUCCAGCCCAUGGCUCGCUCAGAACAGCGCCUAUGUCAAUACCUUGGUUCGAGACGUUGCUAACCCAACACCAAAAGACAAAUACUUCCCCGUCUCGAGAUCUUUUGAUUUCUUUAACGGACAUAGCUGGGCAACAGGACUGUACGCCCGUGCUGAUGGGAAGGAUGAAGAGUCAACUUCUGAAGAUUAUAAUUUCUCCUACGCCAUGAAGCUGUGGGGAAAUGUCAUCGGGGAUAAGAACAUGGAAGCUAGAGCCAAUCUUCAACUAGCCAUCUUAAAAAGAAGUUUCAACAGCUACUUCUUGUUGUCUAGCGAUAAUAGACACCAACCAGCCAACUUUAUUCAGAACAAAGUCACUGGUAUUCUCUUCGAAAACAAAGUCGAUCACACUACAUAUUUCGGAAACCAAAUCGAGUACAUUCAAGGCAUUCAUAUGUUGCCCCUGACUCCCAUAUCCCCAUACAUCAGAUCCAAGACAUUCUGCUACGAAGAAUGGCAAAGAUUUUUUGAUGGCCGAACUGAGACUAUGAACAGUGGUUGGAAGGGAGUAUUGUGGGCCAACGCCGCAAUAUUUGCACCUAAUGCGGCAUUUAAUUUCUUCGCUGGUCAGGGUUUCCAGGCUAGUUGGCUCGAUGAUGGUGCGUCUAGAACUUGGUACUUGGUCUUUGCUGCUGGACUCGGCGGUGGUGGCCAAUCAACAACAUACGGGGAUGAACAGGGAUAUUGA